UCAGGUGUCAAACCCGUAAUGGGGGACAUGAAGACCCCAGAUUUCGAUGACCUGUUGGCAGCGUUCGACAUUCCGGAUAUCGACGCCAAGGAGGCCAUCCAGUCCGCGCCAGAUGAGGCGGAGGGACCCCACGGGCCCAGCGGGGCACCUCUGGGGAAGACUGACAAUACGGGUGUUCCGCUCAGCCCCUCGGAUCCGCAGGGGGACACGUCCAUUGUAAGCGUGAUUGUGAAAAAUAAAGUGCGUGCCGAGACGACGGCGAGCGGCGACGACGGAGAUGCCGAGCCGGACGCUAUCGAUGUGAUUGCCGGUGUAGAUGUCGGUCCUCGUCCUGGUGGGAUGGUGGAAUCGGAUGCUCUUAAUCAUAACGGUUUCGGGAUGUCUGGCGUCUCUGCCCCGCUUUCCGUCGGCCAGUCCAACGGUUCCCCGUGGCCCCUUAGCGCACCUAAACCACCGGCAGAAACUUCAGGUGCGGGUGCAGCCAAGUCUGCUAAGCAGGGAGGGAAUAUAUUUAACAGACUCAAGCCUCUAUUGGGCCCGGGUUCUGGAGAUCCGGUGGGCCGGGCGAGGAAGAUGCAGCUUCUCCAACAGCAGCAGGAUGCAGGGCAGGAAAGAGCGGACAGCCUAAAAGCGGUGCUACCCUCCGGAUCUUCAGCAGGACAUGCUCCAACUUACUUCCCGCCCUCUAAACCUCUUCCGUGCCCACCCGCUACACUCUCGACCCAAGUCAAACCUUUCAAUGGUGCCCCCAAAAUGGCAGACUAUCAACAUCAGCAGAUGGCGGAGGAAGAGGAUGAGGAUUCUGAUGCAGAUUUGGACAGUCCGCUGGUCAUCCAGGAGAGCCCAGACUCCCCCGUUUCCACACAGAUGAACCGUCGUUAUAAGGAUUUAACCCAGCCUACGUCGUCCACUCAGUCUCCACCCAAGCCAGGGUACACCCCCCAGGGGGCGUCUCUGACCCCCCAGUCAGGGUCCGCCGGGAACGAGACUCCUCAACCGGAGGAAAAGAACCCGGAGCAUGUCAUCGAAGAGAGGGACUCGCCAGAGAGCCCUGAACCGGAGGCGCCUAAAGCAAGCCCUCAAGUUGUGCCCGCCAAGAGAUGUUCCAGCCCUGCUGUAGCCUCCACACCACCUUCUUCUGAGCUAAGAGAGCCCAAAGAAGAGGAGGAGGAGAUGGAGGUGGGGAACGGAAUUGACAAGGUGGCGGACACUAAUGCUGACAAGGCAGAAAAUGCGUGCGAGGAGAAGAUGGAGGUUGACGAGAGCAAGCCUAAAGGUGUCCCUGCCGGGGGCACCGUAGUCGCCGCACCCGGGGCUCCUUCUCGGCCCCUCAAGGUACGAAUAAAGACCAUCAAGACAUCCACAGGCGGCAUCACCAGAACAGUGACUAGGGUGGCUCCCAAGGGUGCCUCUGGGGGCAAAGGUCCUGAUGCGAAAGGGGGCGGAGAGCGCAAGGUUUUGGUGAACAAAGCUCCAAAGACUGACCAGCAACAGAAUGUGAGCGCCUUAAACGCCCUCCCGGUGUCGACGCUAGCCGCCAGCAGUGUCAUGCUAGCCGCCGCCACUAAAGUGCAAAACAAAAUGGCUGCCUCGGACAAAGCUAAGGUUUCCGUCACUGCCGUCAACAUCACAAAAUCAGCAGCUCUGCCCGCCACUCCCGCCGUGGCCUCAUCGCCCAAAUUCUCCGGGAUCGGUGUGCGAUCGGCCGCCAAGGGGUCGCCCAACGGCACUGGCGGCACCCCCCAGUCCAAUAAACCCGCUUCCAUCGUAAACAGCACGGGCGCCGUCAUCUCGCGUAGCCAGUCCAGCCUGGUGGAGGCUUUUAACAAGAUCCUCAACAGCAAAAACCUGCUGCCCAGCUACAAGCCGGACCUGUCGGCGCCGCCGCCCCCCGAGUGGGGGCUCCCGCUGCCGGCCGCCGGCUACCGCUGCCUGGAGUGCGGUGACGCCUUCGCCCUGGAGCGCAGUCUAGCGCGCCACUACGAUCGGCGAUCGCUGCGCAUUGAGGUGACGUGCAACCACUGCGCCAAGCGGCUGGCCUUCUUCAACAAGUGCAGCCUGCUGCUGCAUGCCCGAGAACACAAGGAACGAGGCCUGGUCAUGCAGUGCUCGCACUUGGUCAUGAGGCCCGUCACCGUGGAGCAGAUGAUCGGACAGCAGGAUGUCACCCCGGUCGGCAGUGUGCUCUCGUCUUCAUCUCCCUCCACUGCUUCCUCAUCCGCCACCUCCAGCUCCAGCCCGAUGAAGGAUGGUGCGGCCACACCCGGCGGAGGUCCACCCCGACAGGUCCGACGCGCCCCUCAAGGCCCGCAGGCUUUAAUGCCCCUGCCGUGCAAGAAGGCCGAGAGCCUGCAGUACAACAACUACAAGUGUCCAGAGUGCCAAACGCAAUUUUCUUGCAAAGCGGCGCUGGUCACGCACUUCCAGCAGAUCAGAGCUGCGCCCAAUUCAACGUGCUCUCAGUGCUCUCCGCCCAUGAUGCUCCCCAACUCGUGCGCCGUGGCAGCCCACCAGAGGAUCCACAAGCACAAAGCUCCCCACGUGUGCCCCGAGUGCGGGGGCGUUGCGCGGCAAGCUGGCUUCCAGACUCACUUGGACGAGGCCUGCCUCCACUUUGCCAGGCGUAUCGGCUACAGGUGUUCAAGCUGCCAGGUAGUGUUUGGCGGCUUGAAUUCCAUCAAGUCCCACAUCCAGACGGCCCACUGCGAGGUGUUUCACAAAUGCCCCAGCUGCCCAAUGGCCUUUAAGUCAGCGCCAAGCGCUCAGAGCCACAUCGGCACGCAGCACCCGACGCUCACUGGCGGACAGGCCAAGAUGAUCUACAAGUGUGUCAUGUGCGACACUGUGUUCACCCAGAAACCCUUGCUCUACAUGCACUUUGACACACAUCUGGCCAAGCAGAAAGUGCAUGUCUUCAAGUGUCCUGACUGCACCAAACUUUACGCGCAGAAAGGCUCCAUGAUGGAGCACAUCAAGACGACGCACAGAUUCUCCUCAGCAAAACAAGAAUCCGACCCCCCAGCCGCCGUCCCAGCGUCGGGCUCAAAGGCCAAACCCCCGGCAAAGCCCGACAACUCCGAUGGCGAAGACUGGGGGCGAGAUAAUGAGGAUGACGACGAUGACGAAGAGGAGGAGGAAGAGGACGACGACGGGGACGAAGACUACGAGGGGCCCGGCUCGGGGUCGGUGGGUCUGACAGCUGGCGCCCCUACAGAGUGGACUUGCCCGCAGUGCCAGAGCGUUUUCACUGACAACGAAGACUAUCUCAGCCACGUCAAGACAGAGCACGGCAAGUUCCCUUGUCGUAUCUGUGGAGGAAACUUUAGUACGUCCUCCAGCCUCAGACGCCACGAAAGAGUCAUCCAUGAGGGCAACAAGAGGGUUUUCCAUUGCCAAUAUUGCACAGAGGGUAAACGUACCUUCGGCAGCCGCUUCCUGCUGGACAAACACAUCCGGCUCAAGCACAAGGGCACUGACGGGCAGGCGGCUCCGAUGACCAGGAAGCGCGCUGCCACGGGCGCAGAAGGUCCCGGCAGCUCCUCGGAACAGGACGGCGAGGGAGUUGCUCCCGCCGGCAGGCCCGCAGAUGAGGAAGAAAACGCCCCGGACGAUGCGGAGGAAGGGGGCGCUGCCCCCGCCAAGAGACCCCGUGCCUCGACGGAGCCGGAGGAAGAGGGCAGCAGCGUGUUCCGCUGCGUGCCUUGCGGCUUCUCUACGGAAGAUGGCGCCGAGUUCCAGCGUCACAUCCCGAUGCACCGCGCUGACACCGCCUCUUUCCAGUGCCUGCAGUGCGGCGUCUGCUUCGCUUCGGCCGGCUCGCUGGGCCGACACCGCUUCAUCACCCAUCGAGUGCGGGACACCCAGGGCGAGGCAGAGCGCAGCGGGGGUCGUGCAUCCCCGGAUGGCUCGCCCCGCGCCGGCGCCACCUCGCCUCAAGCUCUGGGCGAGGACGCCGACGGCAACCUGAUCUGCAGGGUGUGCGGGCGGCGUUUCGACAAGGCGUCGGAUCUCAACACCCAUUUCCGGACCCAUGGCAUGGCCUUCCUCACAGCACACAAGACGGACAAACCCCAGUAG